GGCAACAACCGAAACAGGCAUCCUGUCAGCUCCAUCAACUACCUCUCUAGCCCGCGACGAUAAAUGCCGCCCGUCAACACCAUGGACACUUGAGGCUCCUUUGCGAUAUCUUGACGUCUGCCAAAAAGCAACAAAUUCCACUCAGCCGAGCGACCGACCGAUGAAGAUGCGGCUCGCGUGGUACGCAGGGGCCUCUACGGCCCUCGCGGCCGCCGUCGUUGCGUCUGCUUUCUACCAGCGCGCCAAUUUCUACUCUGCCAUGGUGCAUCUCGCCCAAAGUAGCUUGUCCCUGAUGGUCCUGGUAAAUCUGAUGUUCGUCAUCUACGGCUCGUUCAUGUACGGCCUCCAGCGUCUUUGCUUCGGCCCCCUCCGCCCCACCGAAAUUGAGCAGCUCUACGAGAAGGCCUGGUUCGCCGUCACCGAAACCUGUCUGGCCAUGACGAUAUUCCGCGAAGAGGUCGGCGCAUUCUUCUUGAUCAUGUUCACCGCCCUGGUCACGGGCAAGGUUUGGGGCUGGAUUGGCGAGGGCCGGGUCGAAGUGCUCGAGCAGCAGCCCCCUGCGAACCCGCGUCUCUUCCACACCCGGCUCGGCAUCUCGCUGUUGGUCAGCAUCGCCUACGACAUAUGGCUCCUGAACUAUACCGUCAACACGGUAGUGCAGAACGCGAAGCCCACCAUGAUGGUCAUGUUCUUGUUCGAGUUUGCCGUCUUGUUGGUGUCCUCGGUCCAUACGGCCUCCCGGUACAUCAUCUCCCUGGUGGAGCAGCACGUUGUCAAGACGCAAACCCGGCAGCGCUUGGAGGAUCGGCGUCGCCGCGUCAGGGAGCAGAGGGCUGAGAUUCUACGGAGGAGAGAGGCCGAGGGUGCGACGGAUGACGACGAAGAGCUGCCCGACGAGAACGAUGUGGAUGAGAUGGACAUUGAGGUGCCCGGCUGGGAAGCAAAAGGCCAAUGGGUUCUGUCAUUGGACUUGUUCGCAGAUUUCAUCAAACUUGGGAUAUACUCGGCCUUUUUCUGCGUCCUCCUUACGUUCUAUGGCCUUCCCAUCCAUAUUAUGCGCGAUUGGUUCAUGACUACGAGGUCAUUUCUUAAGAGACUCCAUGCCCUCAUCCGUUACCGCCAGGCCCUGAAGCACAUGGAUCAGUACCCGGACGCCACGGCCGACGAGCUUGGCCGGGAGGACACCUGCAUCAUUUGCAGAGAGGAAAUGCGGCCCUGGAACCCCACUGACAGCACGCAAGUAGAGCGGAGUCGUGCAAAGAGGCUCCCUUGCGGCCAUAUCCUGCACUUUGGCUGCCUCAAGAGUUGGCUGGAGCGGCAACAAGUAUGUCCGACAUGCCGGCGCCCUGUCGCUCGGGACGGACAACAGCCUCCCGCAAACGGCAACGCUGUGGUGUUCCGACUGGGGCUCAAUUUCCCUGCGGGUCAAAACCGACAGGCUCAGCCACCGGAUAACGCCCAGGGCCCUGGCGCUGGCCAGCCCGCGCAAGGAGGCGCAGCGGCCGACCAAGGAAACAAUCAGAAUCGCAACGUGAGAAUGUUCAACUUAGGGCCCUUAAGACUGGGCUUCGCUCAGGGUGGAGUCGAUGAGCUACGGGAGAUGGCCCAACGACUGCAGAUACCGCCAGAUGCUGCGAACCCGCCUGCGCCAACACCGACGAUGCCCGCUACACAAGAAAACAACAAUGAUAACAACAACAACAAUAACUCCCCGGUAGCCACUGAUCUGGAUCAACUCCGGGCUCAGGUCUUGACGCUCGGGCAACAGCUUCGGCAAGAGAUGAUAAACGUGCAGAACGCGGCGCAUGAGCUCAAUCUCCUGAGCCUCUUGGUUAACGAGCUGACCCGCCUCCGUCAGUUGCAACAGCAGCCGCGGGGUCAGCAGCCGGCGGUCCAACAACCAGCGCCAGGAGCUAUCCAUGUGGGACCAGUGCCGAUACAGGCACAUCCACAGCCGGGCAUGAUGUAUCCGUUCCCAGGCCUGUUCCCCCAGGGUCCGCCUUCCAUUCCGCAUCUACCUCACCCUAUGGCUUCUAGACUCACAAGGCACGUUGGCCCCGGAUAUGGGGCUGCUAUUCCUGCCGGCAGUCCUGACCUACCCGAUGGAGUGGUUAUCCCUCCGGGAUGGUCGCUGCUCCCUCUCCAGCGCCUAGAUGGCGACGCACCGCCGGUCGAACCCGCGGGACCUAACUCUCACGGGCCGGCCCAGGACAUACUCCGGUCCGUCUUCGCGCAGAUGCCAAACCACCCUAGGUCCCGGGGCACUAGCCCCGCGCCUGGGACUGGUCUUUCUGCACAAGUAGGGAGGACUGUCGCACCACCAACAAGCCAAGCCUCGGAACCGGCCCGUGCGGCCGGAAUUCAUGAUGCCACGGCCGCGUUCGAUACAACCGGGCGGGGAUCCCCGGCCCCACCGCGGCCAAUUUCCGGGUUUCUGACGACCGGUUUCGGGAUCCCGCUCCAGCCCCCGAGCGGCGAACGAAGCUCAGGACAAUCCGGCUCACACCCUGAGAUGAACCAGGGUCAACAGGAUGAGCCCGGAGAGAGCAGUGGCACGGGCCCAACAGCGGUGAACGGGGUUGCACCAGUCGAAAGCAGCAGGGGCAACCAAGUUACAGAAGCCGAAGUAAACGGCAGCACUAGGGAUAGGGGGCCUAGAGCUGUGACAGUCGAGGAGGCGAACGAUGACGAGGACGAGCAGUGAGCUAAACCACCGCUGAAUGGACUUGUAUCUGGAAGAAGAAGCAACUUCAAUUGGGAGGCUAUCUGUCAUGAAGUGAAACAGUGGCGCGAUUCUGGCGCAAGGUGUUAGUGUACCGGUGUGUAUGCGAACGUUUAAAUCAAGUACCAAGGAUGUAAUCUACACUUAGAAUUAAUUUCUGGAGCAGUGUUUACAGUUAAGUGCCUUGCAGCCUCAGUUUUCGUGUCAGCCUG